AUUAUAACAAGGAGUAGGAAGAUGCUUGGAGUUUUGGAUACGGCGAAGGACUCCACCGUAGCAGGGACGUCCAGCGCCGUUUACGUUGGUGAGCGUCUCAAAGCCACUGUACAAUGUUCCGAUGAAGCACUGCGGAAAUUUAAGUGCUCAGAAUGUCCGAAAGCUUUUAAAUUCAAGCAUCAUCUCAAGGAGCACAUCCGAAUUCACAGUGGUGAAAAGCCCUUCCAGUGCCCACAUUGUCAGAAGCGAUUUUCACAUUCGGGUUCGUAUUCCUCCCACAUGAGUAGCAAGAAAUGUACUACAGCUGCAACACAGGCUUCAUCAACAGCAUUUGAGUUUGGCGAUCAAAUGGUACUUUACCGAGCACUUUUGUUGCAGUUCCAGACAGCGCAUAAUUUUGCAUAUUCAAAUGUCGGUCCUUAUACGGCCUUGUUGCAACAGCAACUUUUACAGGCAGCGAGUAGCACUGGUUCGUCAACGUCAUCAUCGGCAUUGUCGGCCAGCUAUUGGGCCCGUCAUUUCAGCAAUAGUAAUUGCACUGUAGAAGGAACGGUCUCUGCAGGCGUAUAUAGUAAAAACAGUAAAAACGAUGUUGAAGAUGGUAUCGAGAAUAGCACACUCUUGAAGAAUUCAUGUGCUAAAAAUGAAAAAAGUAAUCAGGAUGGUGUGGCACACCACGAUGAUCUGGAAAGGUCCCGUUCCUCUGGUGAGAGUGCUGAACAGCAAGAAGCGCAAAGUGGGUCCGAUUUACCAAACUCGUGUAUUGUUGGUAGUGGUGCUACCUGGAAGCCGUUACGGUCCCGUUCAUUUCUUACCGAUGCUCAAGUUGCUAUUCUCCAUGCUCACUUCAAACGUAACCCAUUCCCAUCAAAAUAUGAACUUUCUGCUGUUGCUGAACAAAUUGGAGUUAAUAAAAGAGUAGUGCAGGUAUGGUUUCAAAAUACCCGAGCAAAGGAACGGCGAAGUAAUCGGUUAAGUGUAGCCUGCGAACGAUACUCGCGUUCCAUGUGGAAUAAUGCCAUAUCAUUUCAAAGUGCUGCUACAGCAGUAGCAGCUGCUAACGAUCCUUUAAGUUUGAUGGCUGCUUGGGCACAACAGUGUAGCGGUCUUGUGAACAGCGGCCUAUCGGAUGAGCAAACGGCGAAAACUGAUUUACCGUCAAGUGAAACAUCGGAUGCUGCUCGUGAUUUACCACUUGAUUUAUCAGUAAAGGAUGAAACAACUGUAGUAGCAGCAGUCCCAGCUGAACAAACAUCUGUUUUUCGAGUUGAGGGAGAUGGAGAAAGACAAGACUUCAAUCAGGACGAUUACUGGUCUGCUAGCAGUCUCAUUGGAUUUAUUCCGAAAGGAAGUGAAACAAUACGUGGAACACUGCUGCAAGCUUCGAAGGGUCGUUCAGAGACUCCACCAACGAUACUUACUUCGGCAUCCAGGUCUCACUCGGAAGGUGAAUCGAAUUCGGAUGCUGGUUUAUUGGAUGAUAAUUCGGCUGCUGCACUGUCAUCAAGUAUUUGGCCCAGUAGUGUGUUUAUGUCACAAUACUCAAUGUUGGGUAUCAACGGUUUAGCAGGUCUUCAGAAAGUUCUGGAGCAAAGUGAUGAUAAUGAUGAUAACGCGUCAGACAUUUCAUCGAGUGAAAAGCGCCAUCGUUUAAACUGGAAACCACAUCGAACUGAUGAAGAAGGCCUCUAUGCGUGCGAUCAAUGUGAUAAAAUGUUCGGAAAGCAGAGUUCGUUGGCAAGGCACAAAUAUGAACAUUCUGGACAGCGUCCCUACAAAUGCGAUGUAUGUGAGAAGGCAUUCAAACACAAACAUCAUCUUACGGAACACAAAAGAUUGCAUUCAGGUGAAAAACCUUUCCAGUGUGACAAAUGUUUGAAGCGGUUUAGCCAUUCGGGCAGUUAUUCGCAGCAUAUGAAUCACCGUUAUUCAUAUUGCAAGCCUUAUAGAGACUAAUGGAUUUGAUCCAAUGAACUUAUACGCUUUUUGCUACAGGAGUACGUGGCUCAAUUCCAGUUUCCUGGUGAGCGUUUAAGAUAUUGUGGAAUUUGGCAGCUUUUUCAAAGGUUUUUUAUCCUCGAUUUUCCAAGGAAAAUGGAUCUUUUUGAAAAUUCCGAUAUUUUUGUUGUGAUUUGCGUGAGCUGUGAAGCUGUUAAUUGAUACGGUGCUAGAAAAUAUAGAAUUGUUGUCCUUGUUUCGCUUAGCUCUGUUCGUUCCUUUGGGUACAAAGUCACUUACGAUUCAAGUCCAGUACCGAUUUUCAUUGAUAACGGAC